UAUAAGUCGACCGACUUGUGAGAAACGUGUGCCAACUGUGUAUUAGCUGGAGCGAAAAACCUUUCAGGAGCAUCAAGUCUCCCCAAGGAAAAUCUUAAUCGUUAACAGAUGGAGAGCCCGAUCACUUUUCGUGAGAGUCAGUCGCAGUUGACAAGUCAAUUUCAUUUCACCUCCGCAGACCAUCACGAGAAGAACUUAAAGCGAAAGCGAAGAAGGAAAUCCCCAACACAGCAAAUCGCACAACGACAUGCAGCAAACUUACGCGAACGAAAACGAAUGCAAAGCAUAAACGAGGCAUUCGAGGGCCUUCGACAUCACAUCCCCACGCUACCUUACGAAAAAAGACUAUCGAAAGUCGACACUUUACGACUAGCUAUCGGAUACAUUGGUUUUCUUACGGAAAUGAUUAGUUCGGAUAUGAGCCACAGUCAAGCGCUACAACCAACAUCUUCGGAACAACCCAGAAAAGUUAUGAUAUGCCAUAGAGGUUUCGGUGAGUACAUGUUGGAGUGAAUUUUUCGCUUUGGUAACUGAAGUUUAUACCCAUCUGGGAAGUUCUCACGUACAUAUAGGGCUGAUGGCUAAUAAUCAAAAUGACGUUUUGGUCAUUUUUUUGCAUUUUAUAAACUGCAAAUUAAAGGAAAUCUCGUCAAAAUCGGUUGGAAAAUCCUUAAAGAGCAAACAAGAGCCACCCUUACCAUUCCAUAUAACACACGAGGCAAAAUCCACAUAUCAUUUAUACAUUUCAACUCUUUUAUUGAUAUUCUUCGUGUUUGCUCACUUUUUUUUCCUCGCCUUGUUUUCCCUUUUGGCAGGUACUCAAGAGUACGGUCUUCCGCCAUUAACAGGCCAUUCACUGUCGUGGACAGAUUCGAAGAAACCCAAACUAUCGUCCAGUAUUAUGAAAGCGAAAAUUUGGACCCCUGAAGAUCCUAGAAUACAUAACAAUGCAAUGUAUCCUUCGCCUUUGUGA